AUGAGCCGCGAGUCAACGCGACGGUCCACAAGACAGCCUUCGGGCCAGUCGAGCGCGACUGACCUCUCCGCCGCUGAAGACGCGCCGACCCUAUCCACGCGAAAUACGCGUUCAUCCCGGGCGCCAUCAAACCGUUCAUCUCGCGGAACAACCUUUUCUCGGACUGUCAACCUUGAUGUGGAGGUGGAUGUUGUCCCGGCACAGGGGCAGCGGGGACAGCAUAGGAUGCGGAUGUCUAAUCAGCCCGCACCGAUCAUCAGCGAGAGCGAGGGUGAGACCAUGUCGGAGGGGGACGACGAGGAGCGGACAGAGCAAACCCCUUCUGUCCGGUCACGGUCGACGCCACGUCGGCGGAACGACGGUGGAGAUGCGGAUUCUACGCCCAGAGCGGCGAAUGCGGGCCGUGCUUUGACGCGGCCGUCCCUGGGCGGAUCAAGUCUUGCCAGGGGGAUGACCGUGGACAAACGGGCGGAGAUAGUUCGUGUUAUUGCGCGGGACUGUCUCAACAAGCUCUUGUCCGGCGGAGAUACCAACGAGGAGAGCGCAAGUAGGAAAGCUUGGGCAGUGCUUCAUGUCGCGCGGACCAACUACCUCUUCAACAUCGGAGCCCCUCCGUUCGCAGAUCUGGCUCGCUUCGCGGCAGAAGUCCCCUCGGGAUCGGGAUACCACGUUGGGAGGAUAUCAGACACGAUCGACCUGUCCAACCUCUGUACCUUCCUCUGGACCAUCCUCGCUCCUGAUCACGCCGCAAGUCAAUUCCCUGGCCUGGACGCCGACGGGGACGCCGGGCCGAGUGAUGGCGAGAGCUCCAGCGCCGUUUUGAGGAGGCAAGUCGCGCGUAGGAACGCCUUACUCUUGGCGGCAUGGAAGAAGUUUUGGUUUUUGGUGGUUUCAAGGGAGGACAGAGCCAAUGAGAAGGCGAUGCGCUUAUGGCUUGAUUUCGCAACUAUGAUUGUCCGCACGUGGCAACUACCCACGAUCUCACCUUCAUCCCUCAUCAACCCUUCCCUCCCUGCCAUCCCCGACUCUAUCCUCCGGGACCUCUUCUCGCCAUCGGCUCUCUUCACGUAUGGACAAUGGCCGCCAUCCGCCUCGCAGGCCGCAGAGGACGAGGACGCCGACCCGCCCACCGAGGAAUCCAUCGUCAAGAACCUAUGGAAAGACUUCGCUAGGCGUCGGCAAAAGACGCUGAACGAAAAACGGCCGGAAAUUCUCGACGAGCAGUUCCGGUGGGGACCAUUCAGCGGCGACAUGCACCAAUUCGUCCAAGUGCAUAUCAUGCAGGAGGAGCGGGCACACGAGGGGGCGCCAUCGGAACGAGCCGAGACGCCAAGGGCGGGACCGGCGUCGGGUCGGCGGAUGAAGAUGAAGCGGACUGGUCAUCCCGCGGAUACUAGUCAGGGACAGAAUGGGGCGGAGGAGGACGAGCUGGAGUCAGAGGAGGAUCAGUUGAUGUUUCAGUCGGAAGAUGAGGAAGAGGAGGCGGACGCUCAGCUCAAGGAGGAAGAGGACGAGGUACACCUCGCGGACCUCGCGGGCCUCGCACAGGAGAUGCAGAAUGACGAUGAAGAGGAAGGACGAGCAUCUCGGAUGGCGUCGGCGGUCUCGCCAAACAAGGCUCGGUCGGUCACUGCCACACCACGCGCUGCUGCCCUCGGUCGCCGCGGGGUCGAAGCGGAAAGCUCGGGCGUGGACUUUGCGUUGGCUGCAGAAAUUGCGGAGGAAAUGGAGAGGGAGGCGGCAGUAGCAUCGAGCAGUCGUCGGACCACCAACGGCCAAGGCGCAGAUGUCGACGUCAGUGAUAUGAUGCCCUCCAUGCAGGAUAUCGGCGGUCGGCGCCGGCGGGAUCCGCCCCAGCGCGAGCUGGACCCAGAAGAAGCGGUGGACCAGUCACAAUGGGCGCUCAACGACAUGAUGCCCAAUACUCAGGACAUCCAAGGCCGGGCGGUGCGGCGCGAUGAUAUCACCCCCGGGCCGAGUCGGUCCAUCUUUAAUCUCAACGGUCGCCGGAACGAAUCUCAUCCCGCGGACGGAAAGCCCAAAUUCAACUUUGCUGCGCCCCAGCCCGGGGCAAAGCAGAUCCCGUGGGAUAGUCAGCCUUCUCAACCUUCCCCUUCGCCCCAGAAACGGCCUGCUGCGCGCGGCACAAGUCGGAACGGCGGAGAUGAGGACCGCACGCCCCGUCCCCAGCCUCGCGGUAUCCCUUCAUCUCGAGCGCCGGCCGCGGGAAGAGGUCGGACUGCUCCAUCCAGUUCCCCACCCCGCACGUCGCGCAGAGACGCCCAGGAUUUGGGCGCUACCCCUGGAGGCUUUGCCACGUCGCAAGCGGGCGGAUCCGACGAGGAGCUAGAAGAUGAGGAGGAGGAGGAAGCACAGGAAAGGGAGGAAGAAGAGGAGGAAAGGGAGGAGUCGACUUCCCCCUCUAGGCGCCGGAAGCUAGACAAGGGCAAAGGUCGCGAGACUGCUCUUACACCCAUGGACGUCGAGCCCGCACAAACUCGGGAAGAUCGGUCUCUGACUGAAUACUCGGUCGAGUCCCCGCCUCGCCAUACAGCGAAAGAUAAGGGCAAGGGGAGGGAUACGGCACCUACCCCGUCGGCGGAUUUCGACCGGAUCCGGAGCUAUCCGCACGGGGAGCAUAAUGAUGUCGGGCAGGACCAGGAGUGGCAGAAUUACGACCCGGACGACUAUGUUCAGCAGGACCAGGAUCAGGAUCGGGACCAGUUCCUGGAUCAGGAUCAGAACCCUGAUCUGGACCAGUACGAUGAUCAGUAUGAUGAUCAGCUGGACGAACAGGAGCGGCGACCGGCGUAUCAGCGACAGGGAAGGGGAGGGGGUCAUGGGGAUGAUGGAGAGGAAGACGAGCUGGACUCGCGCAAUGCGUCCCCGCAGCCGAAGCAGGAGUCUAUGGGACGGAAACGGCGUCACAGCGAGGUGGAGGAUGACUCGGACUCGGAGGAGAUUGAGGAGAUUGAAGAGGCGGAACACGCCCGCUCGGCUCUGCGGAAACAACAAGCGCAGGCGGGUCCUUCUACCCAUCGCAUCCAGCUCAAGCCUACUACCAAGCGGCGGAAUGGAAGGGCGGCCCAGCCUCCGGCUAAGCGUGCUCGUCCGUCGGCUCGGGCUCAGCCUCGCCAGAACGGUAGCGACUUUGCGAGUCCAACGCAUUCGGAAGAUGAGGAGGAUCAGGCGUUGCUUCGGGACCGUCGUCAGGGUCAGCGUCAGCGUGAGGACCAGCGCUCUUCUUCUCGUCGAGAACCUCAAUUCCGGACGGGCGAAGCGGGUCCGAGCAACCAUAAUCGGCGGUCCAGCUCGUCCUCGACCGCCCCAUCCGCCGCCGGUUCAGGUCGUAAACGCAAGAUCCGGGCGCACGAGUCGUCGGACUCUCUCGACUCGAGGGGAAGGUCCAGGAGCGGGUCGCACGACUCGUUCAUGUACGACAGCGACGGAGAGCGAUUGCGUCCCGACCCAAACUACGUGGUUGUCGGGGCGUACGAUCGCGGUCUUUCCAACAUCCACGGUCAGAGACACCUCGGCGGGUACACAUUCGCUCGUCUAGACGGGGUUCGAUACUGGACGCACGAGCAGCAAUUGCUGUUCUACCGAACCGUCCAAAAGGUGCCAAUGACCGAGGAAUACCCUUUCCGCGUCGUUUGGCAACUCCAUGGCGAGGACGGUCGGAUCGAUAAUCGGCUGGAAGACUAUAAUACCCAGCAUAUGAAGGAUAAGAUGAAGACGAUCUUGGAUGCGCGGCGGAACCAGGGUCGUCUCAUCGAGCUCCGGGCACGGCGAUACUUGCCGUGGGAUGACGAGAGGCGGAUAAAGUUUGAGGAGGAGAUGGAUGCAGUCAAGGGCAAGCGGAGGAGGCAGCAGGCGAGGAAGAACGCGGCGAGGACAAAGAGGAACGCGGAGGCUAAUGCGAAAGCCAAGGAAAAGAGGAAGGCGGCUGCGGACGCUCGGAAGCGUGUCAAGGAGGCGGAGAAGGCUGAGGAGGAGGAAAUUGAUACUGGAGACGAGUCGUACGAGGAGCCGCAGUCGAAGCGGAAACAGGCCAAGCGAAAACAGCCAAAGCGGGCCAAGAAGAAGACAAAGAAGCAGGAGCAGCCAAGCGAAGAUGGGGCGGAAGAGGAUGAUGCGGAAAAGCAAGGAUCUGUUGCGCCUCCAUCAUCGGUCGCUCCGAGUCAGAACGGCGACGCCGAUCACCAGGACGGGCAGGCGGAACGGGACGAGCUUGAUAAUCCCGACGGCGAUGUCGAUGACAAUCCGGACGACCGAUCGAACAAGGCCCCGUCGGAGGUCGUGGAGGAUGAUAACCCGCCACCUGGACCCCGGCGCGAUCGGUAUGGACUAUCUAUCACGGCUGAGGUGGAGCCAAAUGCGGACAGAGAUGCGCUUGAGAAGGCGGGCGAGGAUGUGGAUGAGGGAAUGCCGCCGGGAGGAGAUGAGGCGGAUCAGCAGGAUGGACAAGGAGAUGAUGAGCGUAGGUCCCGAUCUCCGUCGGCCCCCGCGGAACCCGUCGAAGCGCCCAAGCGGAAACGCGGUCGUCCUCGGAAGAAUCCCGUACCCGAGGUCAUUGUGCCUGCUCCCGCACGCACAACUCGGUCUGGGUCAAAGCGGGCCGCCUCGCUUGCGGUGGAUAACGAGCCGUCUGGCUCUAGUCGGACGUUACGGUCGAGAUCGAAACCUGCCACUCAGCAAAAGCCGGCGGAUGAUGUCGAGGAGAAUGAGGAGGUGGAAGAUGGGGAUGAGGCAGACCAGUCCAAGGUGACGGCAGCAGAAGGGGAAGGAGAUGAGGAUAUCGUCGAACCCCCCGCUGGUCAGCCUUCUCGCUCGCUCGAGACUCGAGUGCCGCACAAGAUGAAGCGGUCCAAGCCUUCAAGUCAACCGGAUGUGGACGUGGGAUGA